UGUUAAUGUUAUGGUGAUGAUGUCGGUUAAUUAUUAAACCCAUUUUUUAACGUAUCGUGUAUAACAAUAUUGAAGUAAUAAUGUACGUGAUUACUGUACUAAUAUUAUUUGCGACUAUACAUUUAUCACAAGCAGGUAUUAAUGUUACUUGUACUAGUUUUGAUUCUUGUCGCAAAUGCAUCAGUUUCGGUGAUGCCAGGUGUGUGUGGUGCAGUCAGUCAGGGCCGACGAUUUCAAGUCGACGAUGUCAAACGGAGAAUUUCAGUAAAACUAAUAAAACAUGGUGCAAUGAGGACUACAUAAUAAAUCCAAAACCUGAAAAACCUGUUGUCAUGCAAAACAAAGAAUUUUCAUCAAACAUAUCUGAAGCCAUACAGCUUCGGCCGCAGCAUUUGAAAAUAAAAACCCGACCCGGAGUCCCUGUUACUUUUAAUAUAACGUAUAAGGAGGCUACACAUUAUCCUUUAGAUGUUUAUUAUCUUAUGGAUUACUCUAAUACAAUGGCGAAUCUGACAAAGACUCUUCGUGAACAGGGUAGAAAGCUUUUAAAAAAACUUAAACUAUUUACUAAUAAUGUUCAAUUCGGUGUUGGAAGUUUUGUGGAUAAGGCGGCUCUUCCUUAUGCUAACCCAUUACUUCAUGAAGCAUAUUCAUUUAGAAACCAUCUUAACUUGACUAAUAAUAUGUCGUUGUUUGAAAAUGCAUUAGACGAAGUACCUUCAGGGUCGAACUAUGAUGAUCCAGAGGCAGGACUUGACGCAUUGAUGCAAGUGAUGAAAUGUGAAAAGGAGUUAGGAUGGCGACCUGCAGCUAGACGUAUUAUAGUUCUAUGUACAGAUAACACAUAUCACAGCGCGGGAGAUGGCAAGAUGGUAGGGGCUGCCAUUCCUAAUGAUAUGAAAUGUCAUUUAAAUAGCACAGGAUACUAUGACUCAAAUUUAGUGUAUGACUAUCCAUCAGUUUCUCAAAUUAAUAGUGUUGCAUCAAAGGGGGGUUUCCUAAUUAUAUUCGCUGCUGUAAAGGCUGUUAAAAAAGAAUAUGAGGCAUUAAAACAAAGUAUACAAGGUUCUCAGUAUGUCGAGUUUAAAGAAAGCUCUAUGAUUGUGGAACAAAUAGAGAGUGAAUAUAUGAAAUCCGUUACUCAUAUGCAAAUAUAUUAUGAUAAACUUCAAAAUGUCCAAUUUACGGUAGACCCUGAUUGUUCAAAAGAAAAGACGUGUAAAAUUGAGCACAAUAAAACCUUCACAAUGAAUGCCACUCUCGUAGUCAAGAAAUGUGCACCAAACAAAACAGAAAAACUUGUAAUGAAAGUGAAUCCAAUAAAUCUCAAAGAUAUAUUGAAAAUAGAAAUUGAAGUAAUAUGCAAUUGUGAGUGCGAGAAAAACGACAGAAAUUUGACCGAGAUGUGCAACAAUGCUGGUCAUUUGAAAUGUGGAAUAUGUAAAUGUAAUGAAGGAAGAAUUGGUGAUCAAUGCCAGUGUUAUAGUAAUUCAACCAGCUCAACAGACCUGAAUAAAUGUAAAUUUAACUCAUCAGACAUACAUACAUGUAGUGGACGCGGUACUUGCAAGUGUGGUGCAUGCAUAGAUUGUUCACCUGGCUUUUCUGGAGCUUUUUGCCAGUUCGACGAUACGGCGUGUCAACAUCAUGAUGGAAAACUGUGCGCAAACAAAGGUGUAUGUCACCUCGGAAGAUGCGACUGUGAGGCCCACUGGUCUGGGAGUGAUUGUAGUUGCCCUGAUCAUAAUAACGACUGCAUAGCACCAUAUUCUAAAGAAGUGUGUUCCGGAAAUGGCAAAUGUCAGUGCGGUGAAUGCAAAUGUAAAAAUGUGGAAGACGGAAAUGAAGUCUACGGUGGGAAAUUCUGUGAUCUCUGCGAUUAUUGUACAGAAAAACGCUGUCAAGAGCUUGGCGCAUACAUUCACUGCGUCGUGUUUAAUAAUAAGAAACAUUGCGAUAAACAGUUUACGGAAACAGAAACCAUUAUAGAUAUAGUAUCAAAGACGCAUAAUAAUACAGAAAACUGGAAUACAGCCUUAGAGUGCAAUAAAGAGUUGGAUAAUGGCACUGCUAUAUUCUUUAAAUAUUACUAUGACGACAAAAAAAUACAUUUUAUAGUUCAAAGAGAGUUAAAAAUACUUCCAAAGCCUAAAAUUUGGGUUGCUGUCGCCUCUGCUAUAGGAGUAGUAUUACUCAUCGGAUUAUUGACGGGGAUCGCAUGGAAAAUACUAAUAGAUAAACACGAUAAAAAAGAGUAUGAUAAGUUCUCUGCCGAAGCUCAAGCACAAGGAUUUGCUGUAUCGAAUCCAUGGUACAGACCGCCGGACCACAAUUUUGAGAAUCCCGCUUUUAAAAAUAGUUAAAUACGAGAAUGGAUGUCACAACAAAGUAAUAACAUUUAUUAUAAUUAUUUUAUUUUUUUAGCUUUAGUGCUUUUUAUGUUAUUUUAUACCAACAGUGUCCUAAGAAUUACCUGUCCCAUUCUGUGGGGGAUAGGACGGUUUUGCUUUAAAUAUAUUUAUUGUAUCAUAGGUUAAGUAAUCGUUACUAAUGAAUUGGACUAUUGUUGUCUGAAGUAAAUAAAUAAUUAUUAUAACCUUAUUGCGAUAAAAAUACUUAUAUAGCAGGUACAUUUAAACUGAUUAGUUUAAUUUUAUUCAUCAUCAUCGUCAUUAUGAUCUCAGCCCGGAAGACGUCCACUGCUGAACAAUAAUUAAUGUAUAAUAUGAGAACGUCCAUCGUGGCCUAGUAGUUUACUAUACAGACUUAAUCUAAAAGGCAGUGAGUUGAAAUCGUUUUUUUUUGGUGAAUGAAGGCCGUCAUUCAACAUAAAAGGAACUUCUAAACGAAACCAAAAAUAAUUCGACGGUAGAUUAUCAAUGUAAUAGGUACUGGAUGUCAAUGGUGCUACAGGCGUUACAUGAUGACGUGAUAUUCAUAGUACAUUUAGAUGACGAUCUCGUAGGCACAUAUACAUACAGGGAUACUUGGAAAGGGUAUACAUAAGGGACUAUACUAUAACAUUUCACUAAUAACUAAUUGAGCCCGCGUGAUAUUAUUUCCGAAAACAAUAUUUUUUUCGAUUAAUUUUGUUUCAUACAAAAAUAAACAGUACCUACUAUUUAUUAUAAUCGGCAAUACUAUUAUUUCGUAUUUAAUUAAAACAUCCGACGCUCUAAAGUAGUGGAAUAGUAAGUAGGGGUAGUAAUAUAUAAAACAGCACGUUUACAAAAAUUAUCAAUGUUGUUCUUUAUUCGUAUUAUGGUAGGGUUGAUUUUUAUUUUUUAUUGGACAAUUGGCAAUAUUUAAUUAUAAUUAGUAUCAUGCGCAAGUAAUUUAGGUAUAUAGUGUCGACUUAAUUACCUACUGGUUUCCACAGCAUGCGUACAUUUAAUUAUAUCAUGACAGCUGUGCUUUUUGUUAUUAUUCUAUUUUUAUAUAACAGCAAUUUUUUUAGAGAAUCCAUAUUUUUUUGAAGAAGAAUUGUUAAAGUCCUUCUUCUCUAAAAAAACAUGGGUUUGUAGUACAAAAGUUAUUCGUUACCAUGGGUACUUUUAACCCUUGUGGCUUAGUACUUUUAACCCUUUCAGACUAACUCUGUAUGUAUACUAAUUUUUCUAUCACAAUUAUACUCGUAUAUAAAAUAUAUGUAAAAAUGUUUCAUUUGGUAUUCAUUUGUGUACGUAUUGUUUAUUAUAUUAAAUAAUGAAAUGCUUCUG